GCUGUUACACAGAGGCUCAUCCCAUUACACAAGCCACAACUGAUAAAAUUCCACCAAAGGCAACAAGGAAGAAAAUGUCAGCAAGGAAGAGGGUAGCUUCCUCCAAAAAAGUGAAGGGGACAAGGCCCAAAACCACAGAACCCAUUCCACAAACAAAUGAGGAAGAAACUCAGCCAACACAACCCAGUCCUCAAACAAUUGACUCAGAACCCCAGCCAGCACAACCCACUUCCCAAAUAACAGACCUAGAACAUAACCCAACACAACCCACUCUUGAACCUACUUCCCAAGCAAACCCAAGUCCACAGGUAACACAACCCACUUCCCAAAUAAUUGACCCAAAACCACAGGUAACACAUCCCACUUCCCAAGCAGACCCAAAACCACAGCCCUUGGAUAAUUGGUGGAAUGAUGAUAGUGUUGAUGAUGACUAUGAUGCCACAAUGGAUUUGUCUGAUGAUGAUAGUUUAGGUGGCUGUGAUUGGAUUGUAGAAGAGGAUGAUAUUGACCUGUCAUGUAGUUCAAGUGAUGGUAGUGUAGAUGAGGACUAUGGGGGAGUAGAAUCAGAACCUACAAGAAGUUCAAGUGAUGAAGAGCUUCUUGAUGCUAGGAGAAAGGUAAAACAAAGUAAGAAAAGACUUAGAAAGAAGGGUGAUGGAGGAGAGGCUGCUAAAAAGUGGCAGGACUUGAACAUUCCUUUGGGUAGUGGGUGGGAAAGUGAGUAUGAGGAAGAAGAUCUAUUGCCUAAUUCAGAUAGUGAAGGUGAGAAGUAUGAUCUGCUAAGUGGAAUGGAGGGGGCUUCUUAUUAUAGGAAGUUUAUAUGGAGGGUUGGCAUGAAGUUUUCAUCACCUGAAAUGUUCAAGGAGAUGGUAAACAAGUAUGCUGUUUAUGCUGGGUAUAGUGUUAGGUGGAUUAGAAGUGAAAACAAAAAGAAAAUGGAAGCUAAAUGCAAGAUGGGUUGUGAGUGGAAGGUCUAUGCUUCCUGGGAUGGCCAGAAGAAAUCUUUCAUGGUGAAAUCAGUUCAUGACCAACACACUUGUGAUAGGGCUGAUUAUGAAAACUUACAAGCAAAAUCAAGAUGGUUGGCAAGAGAAUUUUUAGAUAAAUUUAGGGAGGAACCUAACUGGCCUAGGAAGUCUUUAGAGAAAGAAGUGCUUAACAGGUUUGGGGUAAAGCUUAGCAAGUGGAACUGUUACAGAGUUAAAAAGCAUGCACAUAGGCUUUUACAUGGAAAUUUGAAGGAUCAUUAUUCAAAGAUUGCUGCAUACUUGAAUGAAUUGAAGAGGGUAGAUGAGGAUUUUAGAUUUCAAUUGCAAACAGAUGCCCUUGAAAAUGAUGCUGAACAUGUUGAACAUCAGUUUAAGAGGUUGUAUAUUAGUUUCCCAGGAUUGAGAGCAGGUUUCAUAAGUGGUUGUAGGAAGGUGGUUUGCAUAGAUGGAUGUUUUCUGAAAACUUUUUUAGGUGGGCAGCUGCUGUGUGCAAUUAGCAGAGAUGGGAACAAUCAAAUGUUCCCCAUCUGUUGGGCUGUUGUUGAGGCUGAAAACAAUGAGGCCUGGAAGUGGUUUUUAGAGAACUUAAAGAAGGAUCUACCAGGUUUUGGGGGUGAAGAUUGCACAAUCAUAUCAGAUCAACAUAAGUCAAUAAUGCAUGGUGUUAAAACUAUAUUCCCUGAUGUGGAACAUAGGAACUGUGCUAGACACAUCUGGCCUUCAUGGCACAAAAAGCAUAGGGGAGAUGGUCUGAAAGAGAAAUUCUGGCAGGCUGUUUAUGCCUAUAACAUGGCAGAUUUUGAUUUAGCCCUACAGGAGAUGGAUGUGUUAUCCACAGCAGCUGUAGAGGAUUUCAAGGCUUUGAAACCUAAGACUUUUUGUAGGUUUGGUUUUAGGAUUCACACUAAGUGCAACCUUGUGGUGAACAAUCUUGCUGAAACAUUCAACGGGUGGAUUCUGGAAUCCAGGUCAAAGCCAAUUUUGGGGAUGCUAGAAGAUAUUAGGAGGGCAGUUAUGGAGAGAUUGUUCUUGAAGAGAACAUUGAUGGAGAGAGCAAAGGAUGAUAUUUGUCCUAGAAUAAGAAAAAAGCUUGAAACAAACAAGGAAUAUGCUAAGACCUGUCAUGUUCUUGCAUCUGAUAAAAUGGAGUUUGAAGUGCUAUGUGGUAUGGAGGUUUUAAUAGUGAAUCUAGAAAGCAAGAGUUGUACAUGCAGGAGAUGGGACUUAACUGGAAUACCUUGCUCUCAUGUUAUUGCUUGCAGCAAUUGGCUUAGAAUGCCAUGUGAAGAGUUGGUGGAUCCCAUACUGAAGAAGGGGUAUACUUAGCUGCCUACAGUGGGUCAAUCAAGCCAAUAAGAGGAGAGAGACAUUGGGAUAUGGUUGAAUUCCCACUGCUACCUCCUAAUAUCAAGGUUGGAGCAGGUAGACCUAGGAAAAUGAGGAAGAAAGCCCCACAUGAGAGGGAAGACAAGGCUGGAAAAUUAAGCAAACAUGGAAUACAAAUGACAUGUAGCUUGUGCAAAGGCAAAAACCACAACAAAAGAGGGUGUCCUACACACAAAAACAAUGGCCCUGCCACUGCUUCAACCUCUGGGGAAGUCAGCAACACCAACAAGAGGCCUAAAAAGGCAAGAGCCCCUUCCAAAGCAAAUGUACCACCCCAACCAGGUGCACCAAAGAGAGGUAGAGGAAGGCCUAGAAAAGGCACCAAUGCCAUCCUCAAUGAUUCUGGGGCUGCCACAAGUGACAUUUUUGGAACUCAACAAUCUACAGCAGCUGCUCCAAUGAGCAACCACUAAGCUAGGGUUUCACUUUCUUUUUUGGUGGAGGAAAUAGUAGAUUAAGAAGGGAGGUUGUAGAUGGGUUUUUUUGAACUUUACUGGGGAGAUUUUUGUAAUUGAAAUGUGGGACAAACUUGACCACUUUUUGCACAUGUUGUACAUUGUUGCCAAUAGGGCUUUUGGAAUCUAAUGCAAAGCAUUUUCUUGGUA